AGACUAUAAAGGAACAUACAGUUUUGUUUGCAACUACUCUUUCCUCUGAAGAAUACCAGUUGGAAUCAAAAGAGCAGAAUGAAUUGUUGCUUAUUGCUACCUUUCCUGUUGGGAAUUCCUCUCAUAUGGCCUUGCUUUACAGCAACAGAAAUCUCUACAACAGACGAGGUUAAGCACCCAGUGGGUUCUCAUUUCAGAGUGAAGCGUGGUUGGAUGUGGAACCAGUUUUUUGUACCAGAGGAAAUGAAUAAGACUAAUUAUCACAUUGGCCAGCUAAGAUCUGAUUUAGACAAUGGAAACAACUCUUUCCAGUACAAGCUUUUGGGAGCUGGAGCUGGAAGUAUUUUUGUCAUUGAUGAGAGAACAGGUGACAUAUAUGCCGUCCAGAAGCUUGAUAGAGAGGAACGAUCCCUCUACACUCUAAGAGCCCAGGUAAUAGACAGCACUACUGGAAGGGCUGUGGAACCUGAGUCUGAGUUUGUCAUCAGAGUUUCGGAUAUCAAUGACAAUGAACCAAAAUUCCUAGAUGAACCUUAUGAGGCCAUUGUACCAGAGAUGUCUCCAGAAGGAACAUUAGUCAUCCAAGUGACAGCAAAUGAUGCUGAUGAUCCUUCAAGUGGCAAUAAUGCUCGUCUCCUGUACAGUUUACUACAAGGCCAACCAUAUUUUUCCAUUGAGCCAACAACAGGAGUCAUAAGAAUAUCUUCUAAAAUGGAUAGAGAACUGCAAGAUGAGUAUUGGGUAAUUAUUCAAGCCAAAGAUAUGAUUGGUCUGCCUGGGGCACUGUCUGGAACAACAAGUGUAUUAAUUAAACUUUCUGAUGUGAACGACAAUAAACCUAUAUUUAAGGAACGUUUAUACCGCUUGACUGUUUCUGAAUCUGCACCCACUGGGACUUCAAUAGGAAAAAUCAUGGCAUAUGAUAAUGAUAUUGGAGAGAAUGCAGAAAUGGAUUACAGCAUUGAAGAUGAUUCACAAACAUUUCACAUAAUUACUAAUAAUGAGACACAAGAAGGAAUAGUUAUAUUAAAAAAGAAAGUGGAUUUUGAGCACCAGAACCAAUAUCGUAUUAGAGCAAAUGUUAAAAACCGCCAUGUUGAUGAGAAGCUCAUGGAAUACCAUGUUGAAGCUUCCACCACUCUCAUUAGGGUCCAGGUGGAAGAUGAAGAUGAACCUCCUGUGUUCCUCCUCCCAUAUUACCUAUUUGAAAUCUUUGAAGAAAGCCCGCAUGGAUCAUUUGUAGGCAUGGUCUCCGCCAUAGAUCCAGAUCAGAGGAAAUCUCCUAUCAGGUAUUCUAUGACCGGAAGCAAAGUGUUCAGUAUUGAUACCAACGGCACAAUCAUCACAACUCACCCUCUUGAUCGAGAGAUUAGUGCUUGGUACAACCUAAGUAUUAUAGCCACAGAGAAAUACAAUGUGCAACAGAUUUCUGCAGUUCCUGUGUAUGUACAAGUUCUUAAUGUUAAUGAUCAUGCUCCCGAGUUCUCUGAAUACUAUGACACAUAUGUUUGUGAAAAUGCAGGCUCUGGUCAGGUAAUUCAGACCAUCAGUGCAGUGGAUAGAGAUGAAUCCAUAGAAGAUCAUCACUUUUACUUUAAUCUACCUGUGGAAGACACAAAGAACUCAAGUUUCAUAAUCAUAGAUAAUGAAGAUAACACAGCUGUAAUUUUGACCAAUAGAACUGGUUUUAGCGUUCAGGAAGAGCCUGUCUUCUACAUGUCUGUCCUAAUUGCUGACAAUGGAAUCCCGUCACUUACAAGUACAAACACCCUUACCAUACAUAUCUGUGACUGUGAUGACUCAGGCAGUACACACACCUGCAGGAAUAAGGACCUUACACUUGCCAUGGGAUUCAGAACAGAAGUCAUACUUGCUAUUUUGAUAAGCAUCAUGAUAAUAUUUGGGUUUGUUUUUUUGAUCUUAGGACUGAAACAGCGAAGAAAGCAGACUCUCUUUCCGGAGAAAGGUGAAGACUUCCGAGAGAAUAUAUUCAGAUACGACGAUGAAGGGGGAGGAGAAGAAGAUACAGAGGCUUUUGAUAUUGCAGAGCUGAGGAGUAGCACCAUCUUGCGGGAACGCCAGACACGGAAAACCGCUCCCGCAGAAAUCAGGAGUCUGUACCGCCAGUCCUUACAGGUUGGCCCAGACAGUGCCAUCUUCCGGAAAUUCAUUCUAGAAAAGCUCGAAGAAGCUAAUACUGAUCCUUGUGCCCCUCCUUUUGACUCCCUCCAGACCUACGCUUUUGAGGGAACAGGGUCAUUAGCUGGAUCUCUGAGCUCCUUAGGAUCAGCAGUCUCUGAUCAGGAUGAAAAUUAUGAUUACCUUAACGAGUUGGGACCUCGCUUUAAAAGAUUAGCAUGCAUGUUUGGUUCUGCUAUGCCGUCAAAUAAUUAG